UAGCAUUACGUCAGCCUGGGACUGGCAACACGGAGUAAACGACCGCUCCGUCAGCCUGAGGGCUAUAAAAGGGGUGAUGCAACGCUCUCCAAGCCACAGUCGCACGCAGCCAGGCGCGCACUGCACAGCUCUCUUCUCUCGCCGCCGCCCGAGCGCACCCUUCAGCCCGCGCGCCGGCCGUGAGUCCUUGGUGCUCGCCCGCCGGCCAGACAAACAGCCCGCCAGACCCCGUCCCGACCCUGCCCGUCCUCCGGACCCUGGCCGCCCCGAGCGGAGCCUGGAGUUCGCAUUGGUUGUAGAAUAAUGCUACAGCAUACAGGCUCCUGCUUUGAGGAUAUCCUGGUCAAAGAUGGGAUGAGCAAAAUGAUGCUUCAACACCCAGGCCAGGUCUCUGCCUCGGAAGUGAGUGCUUCUGCCAUCGUCCCCUGCCUGUCCCCUCCUGGGUCACUGGUGUUUGAGGAUUUUGCUAACCUGACGCCCUUUGUCAAGGAAGAGCUGAGGUUUGCCAUCCAGAACAAGCACCUCUGCCACCGGAUGUCCUCUGCGCUGGAGUCAGUCACGGUCAGUGACAGACCCCUUGGGGCGUCUGUCACAAAAGCCGAGGUAGCCCCUGAAGAAGAUGAAAGGAAAAAGAGGCGGCGAGAAAGAAAUAAGAUUGCAGCCGCCAAGUGCCGAAACAAGAAGAAGGAGAAGACGGAGUGCCUACAGAAAGAGUCAGAGAAGCUGGAAAGUGUGAAUGCUGAACUGAAGGCUCAAAUUGAGGAACUCAAGAAUGAGAAGCAGCAUUUGAUAUACAUGCUCAACCUUCAUCGGCCCACGUGUAUUGUCCGGGCUCAGAAUGGGAGGACUCCAGAAGAUGAGAGAAACCUCUUUAUCCAACAGAUAAAAGAAGGAACAUUGCAGAGCUAAGCAGCCGUGGUAUGGGGGCAACUGGGGAGUCCUCAUUGAAUCCUCAUUUUAUACCCAAAACCCUGAAGCCAUUGGAGAGCUGUCUUCCUGUGUACCUCUAGAAUCCCAGCAGCAGAGAACCAACAAGGCGGGAGGUCCUGAAAUGACUCAGUGGGCCCUUCCCAUUCUGCCCCAGAGUGGGUCUCAGACCAGGGCAAGUGCAUCCUUGCCUCAACUCCAGGAUUUAGGCCUUAACAUGCUGGCCAUUCUUAUGUUCCAGAUGGCCCCCAGCUAGUGUCCUGGCUGCCUUUCAUCUGGAUUCUACAAAAAACCAGGAUGCCCACCCUUAGGAUUCAUGCAGAAGUGUCUGUACCUUGGGUGGGAGGGAUGGGGCCAUCUCCUUCACUGUGGCUACCAUUGUCACUUGUAGGGGAUGUGGAGUGAGAACAGCAUUUAGUGAAGUUGUGCAAUGGCCAGGGUUGUGCUUUCUAGCAAAUAUGCUGUUAUGUCCAGAAAUUCUGUGUGCGAGAAAACUAGGCAAUGUGCUCUUUUGAUGUUUGUGUCACACAACACUGAAGUGACUUUUAUAUGCUUUUUCUCAGAUCUGGUUUCUAAGAGUUUUGGGGGGGUGUGGGGCUGUCACCACGUGCAGUAUCUCAAGAUAUUCAGGUGGCCAGAAGAGCUUGUCAGCCCCUGGAGAACAGAAUUCUCCCAGUGUUAACACAAAAUCCAUGGACAGCACGAUGGCAGGUCCUCUGUUGCAAACUCAGUUCCAAAGUCACAGGAAGAAAGCAGAAAGUUCAACUUCCAAAGGGUUAGGACUCUCCACUCAAUGACUUAGGUCAGGAGUUGUGUCUAGGCUGGAAAAGCCAAAGAAUAUUCCAUUUUCCUUUCCUUGUGGUUAAAAACCACAGUCAGUGGAGACAUAUUUGGAAACCCCAGUCAGUGGAGCCUAGGUGGUGCCCAGGCUUCAGCAUUAUUGGAUGUCAAUAGCAUUGUUUUUGUCAUGUAGCUGUUUUAAGAAAUCUGGCCCAGGGCAUUUGCAGCUGUGAGAAGUCACUCACACUGGCCACAAGGAUGCUGGCUACUGUCUGUUAAAAUUCUGAUGUUUCUGUGAAAUUCUCAGAGUGUUUAAUUGUACUCAAUAAUAUCAUUACAAUUUUCUGUAAGAGAAAAUAUUACUUAUUUAUCCUAGUAUUCCUAACCUGACAGAAUAAUAAAUAUUGGAACCAAGACAUGGUAAA